AUGGAAAACGAGAAGGGCGAAAUCGUCGAUCUGUACGCAAACUCCCUCCUGUCCACAGAAACCUUAUCAACGUCGAGCGAGAACUACGUCCCCCGCAAGUGCAGCGCCACCAACCGCAUCAUCAAGGCCAAGGACCACGCUUCGGUUCAAAUCAGCAUCGCUAAGGUCGACGAGAACGGCCGAUACACCGGUGAAAACCAAGUCUACGCUCUGUCCGGAUUCGUACGCGCUAUGGGCGAGGGUGAUGACAGCUUGAACCGUUUGGCUCAGAGGGAUGGAUUCUUGAAGAACGUCUGGACCGCAAGCCGAUAA